AUGGCUUCCACAGGUCCUGCCGAAGGCAUUGUGCCCCAGACACGGAGCAUCACAGACGACAAGGUGGUGAUCAAGCUCAAGGCUGUCGGCUCAGCAAAGCUUCUCAAGCGCGACAAGUUCAAGGUCUCGGCGAGCAAUGCAUUCUCACACGUCGUCGCCUUUCUCCGCAAGCAGCUGCAUCUCGCGCCGGCCGACGCUCUGUUUGUAUACGUUGACAAGUUUGCGCCGCCGCCUGAUGCCAACGUCGGCAAGCUGUUCCUCGCCUACGGUGACGUCAAGUACCUCGUCAUCCACUACUGCAACAACCCCGCGUUUGGCUGA